UGUCGAAUGACAGCUGUUGCGUCGUACUGAUUCUCCGUCGUCUCAACGAAAACGCCGGUUCGCCCUUAAACAGUAACUUGAACGAAUAAAUACGUAAUACGGAAUGUGCGCCGACAUGAAUCGAGCCGUUAUCUUUCUAUUGGUUUUGUCAUUAUUCUUCAGUAACGAGACGGUGGCGUUAGGAAAUACGGCUACCGAAUCCGACAGCAUCGGGAUAACCGUAUCUUUAUUGAAUCAUCGUGAGAAUGACGCAUUCAAACAACGAAUAAAUUUAGCCCCAUUUAAUCGCUUAAACAUUACUGUGAGAGAUGUUCCAUCGGAUAUUUGGUUUAUUGUUUUACAAAUUCAUACAUUUCAAUACAAUGCAACGUUAUCUUACGAUAAAGCACUACUUGAUAAAGUGGCGGACAGAGGAUUAUUCGGAUCAAACAUUGGUCUGUAUUUAAAAACAUACGAUGUAACAGCUCCAAUACAGGUAUUCUUGAAGCAUGAAAACGUGUACAAUCUCGAUGCAUUGCUCGUGAUUGUCACAUACGGUCGAAAUGCGCCGGUACCGGGUGGUUGUAACAUGGAAUUCGAUAUCAAAGUAUCACCGUAUCAAAAACUCCAUGCAGAAAACGAAAUGAUAUUAGUAGACACACAGCCAGCCUCAAUUCUUUUCUCCAAUGGUUCAUCGAUUUCUUGUGAAAAAAGCCCAAUACAACACAAGAUGUACCGUCUUUAUCUGCCUAGACAGGAUUUUACUCUGGAUACAUAUUUCGACGCGAUCACGAGAAUGCUGACCGUGCAAGACAUUGUGCAGAACGGUGACGAGAUACCAGCAGGUACUCUCACGAGUUCUAUGAGACGUAUCUAUAGUGCGUACACCGGCACAGGAUCAGUGUAUGCCACAGUUGCUAUUUAUGAAAAUUACUCUUCAGCUUACGUUCCAACUUUUACAUACGCUUGCAGUCCUCUGCUCUAUCCAGAAAGUUGUAAAGUUUUAAAUGACGCAUUCGCACAUAUAAUUUGUGCAUUGGUCCUGAUAAUAGGCUGCCUAUCUAUUAUUAUAGGAUAUAAAUACCCUUCUAUAGAUCGUUCGUUACCGAAUUGUAUGAUAGGUGGUAUCUUAGGAUACACUAUAGCAUUGAGUACCGGCGAUUAUAGCAUCGCAAUCAACGUUCUAAUAGGUUCGACAUUUGCUAUACUUGCUGCAGUCAUAUCGACUCUUUUAGGAGCUUGUAUGUGGUUACGCAAUAUAUCAUUGGGAUUCUUAUGCACAUGUAUCAUAUAUCUCUAUGCUCCAGCGUGGAUGUUUUAUGUUUUGGAGCACAAUUGGUUAUUCUGGCCUAUGUUCAUAAGUCUAAUACUUGCCACAACCAUACUUCUGAUGACAAUAUCCCAUGUUGCUGAAAUAAUUGCACGUGCGAUUUUCGGAUCUUAUUUCGUAAUCGUCGCAAUCGAUUAUUAUACUGGAAGUAAUUUGAAAUAUAUUAUUAUUACCAUAAUCAGGAGGAUAACUAUACCUGGAUUUAAUUUAGCGUUCGUAUAUCCUCCAUUUCAAGGUGCAGAUGUAACUUUGAUAAUUGUCUGGAGUGUUCUAAUAGCAGUACGAUUUAUUAUACAAUCAUAUACUUUUUUGUGUUGUGAGAAAAAAUUUACGACAGGAUUAAAACGUAAUACAGAAACAGAAUCUUUACUAUAUAACUAUCAUGAUGACUAUUCUACCGAAAGACAUAUAAGAAGAUCUCACAACCAGUCUCGAUAUUAUAAACGUUAUAUAAUAUUAUAA